AUGGAGGCUAUGAGACAGCGUCUUCUGGCGCAGCAGCUCGGAUUACAGAGCCCUACAUCUCAAAAUAAGCAGGCCGAAUCAAAGGAGCCAUCCACGCCCAAGGCCUCAAACAAAAGCGGGCCGUCUAUUCAAUCAUGGCGAUCUGAGCCGAAAGUGAAGAUGAUGCCAUUGUCUACACAGACAAGUGCGCCUUUUAUUUCUCCUGAAACCUCCAAAUUUGCAGUGGGAGCAGCAUCCAGCACACCGACAAAGGCAGCGUUGCUACGCCGAGGUUUCCCGGCUUCUCCAGGCUGGCCAUCUACUCCUAGUAAAACCGCUGAAAAUUCCAUGCAAAGCCCGCAAGUUGGAAUCUCGCCAUCAUCCAAACAUGUUUCCAGUGCUGAACGUGAAAAACAAUUGCGCUCCAUGUUGUCCGGUGUCGUGACUGUGAUGGAAAAAGUCGACAUGAGUCACUCGCGCGUGCCUGGCAUGCAAUGUACAUUGCUACCACACCAAGUGCAGGGAGUUGACUGGAUGUGUCGACGUGAAAAAGGGAAAGCCAGAGGCGGAAUUCUUGCCGAUGAUAUGGGGCUAGGGAAAACGAUUCAAAUGCUCGCAUUGAUCACACUGCACGGUUCAUUGGAGAAACUUCGAGCUCAAAGUGCUACUAAAGACGACAGUGACACAGAUUCAGAAAGCGAUGGAAAUCAUGGGAAUCUUGUUGGGCUCACAAGCAAGAUGGUCAUGAAUUCUGGGACAAAAACCACUCUGAUUAUUGCACCUGUGGCGGUCAUGGAACAAUGGCAGCGUGAGGCAGAAGAAAAAUCUGGGCAUAAACUUUCUGUUUAUAUUCAUCAUGGACCGCGACGCACAACACAUGUUGAUGCUAUGAAAAAAGUACAUAUUGUGAUCACUUCCUACUCGACUGCAGCAAAUGAGUAUGAUCAGUUUUUAAAGGCCACUAAAACGAAAGUGAAACCGCCUACUACUCGGAAACAAUCGCACUUGAGUCGUGAUACGGAUGAAAACAGCGGCUCAGACUCGGAGGAUCCAGAUUGGGGUAUGCUGAAUAGCGACCACGAUUGCGAUGACGAAAACGGUCUCAUGCUUGCUUCUGGUUCCACCGCAAAACGAGCCAACAGAGACCAAACUCGAUACCCAUUGUUUGAAAUGAAUUGGCUGCGUGUCGUUUUGGACGAAGCGCAGAACAUCAAGAAUCAUCGGGCCAAGUGUUCGCAAGCAUGCUACCAGCUCUCAGCUCGUGCUGCUGCGCGAUGGUGCAUUUCCGGUACGCCUGUGCAAAAUAACGCACUAGAAAUUUUUAGUCUCAUCCACUUUCUGCGGAUAUCGCCGUUCAACGAUAUGCGACAUUUUGAGGAGCAAAUUCACGAACCACUCAAAAGCGGCAAUCAGUCACAAGUUGAGCUUGGCCUUCAACGAUUGGGAAUCAUUCUCAAAUCCAUCAUGCUGCGUCGCACCAAGGAUGCUCAUUAUGAAGGGCGUCGCAUUCUUGAUCUUCCCCCUAGGAUUGUUAAAGUUGUGUCAAGAGACUUUAUGACUACUAGUGAACGAGACUUUUACCAUGAGCUCGAAGACCGGAUCCAAUCACACUUGGAUGCAAACAAAUCGCCGCAACUCAACUACAUGGGCGCCUUGGUCAUGCUCUUACGCCUUCGUCAGGCAUGCAACCACCCUGCCUUGGUGACGGGACGGAGCAGGCUUCCGGCAGAGGACGCAUCCGAACCGGUCGCUGAAGAAGAUGGACAAGAUGAAGACGAAGAACUCGCUGCCUUACUUUCCGGACUCUCGGUAAAAACACGCAAUUGUGAUAGAUGCCAGGUGCCACUUGAUGCAAAACAGAAAAAAAGACUCUGUACGGGGUGCGCAUCUCAGUCUGAGCAUGAAGAAAAGCACGGAAUCAUAUGGGGAAUGCCCGGCACUAUGUCAACAAAGUUGGACAUGAUGCUUAGACUCCUCGACGACUUCGAUAAUCAGAGCAAAGGCGACAAGACAAUCGUUUUUAGCCAAUUCACUUCUUUUUUGGACUUGGUGGAAGACGCACUUCGUGCGCGCGGAUACAAUUUCACUCGAUAUGAUGGUUCAAUGCGUCGAAAUGCAAGAGAAGAAGCGCUGCAAAGGAUACGAACUGAUGAUGGUGUGCGAGUAAUUUUGAUUUCAUUUAAAGCUGGCAGCACAGGACUGAAUCUGACAUGCUGUAACCGUGUGAUUCUUUGUGAUUUGUGGUGGAAUCCACAAAUUGAAGAGCAGGCCUUUGAUCGCGCGCAUAGACUCGGUCAAACAAAAAGCGUGUAUAUUUACAAGCUAUCAAUUGACGGAACGGUGGAACAACGGAUUCUUGCUCUUCAGACUUCCUCAACGUAUGUUGGCUGA